AAUAAAUUAAUGAGUACCAUUAAUGAGUAAACUUCUGGAGUUGGACAGAGCAAAAGUAAUCGAUUAAUUACUUUAUCAACCUCUAACAGCAGGGGGCACUGUGAGCACCAACCGACUGAUUUACUUCCGGGACAAUCAGGGGAUGAAGUGAAAGCGUCUGCGCCCAUAGCGACGAAUAAAACCAGCCUAGAGGGCAAUGGGGCCAGAUGGGGCCCUGAGUCAAUCUGUGCCCUGGCGGAAGGUGCUGUGGGAACGGCAGCCGUUUCCUGACAACUACGUGGACCAGAGGUUCCUGGAGGAAUUACGGCGGAACGAGGGAAUCCGGCAGUACCGCUACUGGGCCGUAGUGAAAGAAGCAGGCUUUGUGGGACAGCAACUGUCCUGUGUGGCCAUUUUUAUCACCCUCUGGCUCUACAUGGAGCAGGGUCUCCUUGCUCCUGAGACUUUGUUUUGGACCAGUCUCACAUGUGCCCUCCUGGGUUAUGGACUCUACCAAGCAUUGACCUCUCAGACUGAAUCCUGCAGUGACCACCGCACACAUUUGGCGGAUUCACAGAGCGCCGUCCUGUUCCUUUCCUUCACCUUCGGCUUCUCGCCAGUUCUCAAAACAUUAACAGAGUCUGUUAGCACGGACACUGUAUAUGCCAUGUCAGCUCUGAUGCUGCUGGCCCACUUGGUGUCGUUUCCCUACGCCCACCCCUCUCCCCCGGGCAGCCUCUCUUUGAACGCUGCGUUGUUUGCCUCUGUGUGCUUGGCCUCGAGGUUACCUGGUGCUCUGCACACCUUCGCCAUGCUCACCUGUGCACUGCUAGUGUUCGCCCUGUGGCCUUGUCUGCUCCAGAGGAUAAGGGCGAAUGCGCCCAGCCAGUUUACUGGGGUGUGUGUGGGAGUGUGUGUCGGAGGAGUAGGGGGUCUGGGAUCCCAGUCACUUGGGGGAGCUAUGCUCUUAUCCCUGGCUUUAGUUAGUGUCACGUUAAUCUGUCCCCUGCUGUUGGUCAGGCUGCAAAGGCAAAAGGACAACAUCCACGGGCCGUGGGAUGAGGCUGAGAUUCACGAGGACCUGAGCCGCUUCCUCCACUGAAGAACAGAUCAAACUAAGCUAGUUUUGACCAAACUGGCAAUUGGCUAAUUUUACACCACUCCUUUUUGUGCUGUACGUAUUUUCUGACAGAUUUUUCUCAAUGGUCUGUUUGGACAGCCACAGCAAACUGUGCUUUCCACAGACGGUUCCGAAUGAUAACGCUGCUACUGUUUUCUAAGCACUGACCUCAACUCUUCUAUAAACGGUAUGAUCCAGUGUGCUGGGCUGACCUGAGCUACGGACCAAUAUGAAGCCAUGCACCAAGUUUUUAAUGUUCUGAUUUUUAUUGACUUCUGUCGUACAUAGGCAAAAGGGCUCCGAUUACCUGGGUUAUUUUACUUCAGUUGGGUAAACCUCACGAUGUACUGAGAAUAAUUUUUCUAUCUGGGUUGUGGUGGUGCCGUGUGCAAUUUAUGGUGGAAGUUUUAGCUCGAUUUUAAGUGAUAUGUAACUUUAUUUGCUUAAAAUGCGAUACUUAGAAACGGUUUUGAAAUAUCCACAGUUUCUUAAGAGGUGCACUAAAAAAAAAAAUUUUUUUAAAUCAGUUUGCUAAAAACUAGAAAAAUCCAUUCUUUUUUGAUAAGUGAAUACACCUGCUCAGUGCGUCAAGGUUGCACUAAGUACCAAAUCCAAACUGUGCAAGCUGUUAUUGUGGGGAGAAGACUCCCGAGUUGUUGUUUUUAACAUUCAGCGAGGUGUUCAAAUCUGUUGUCAGAGGAGCCACAACAGUUGUUUAAAAAUAAACUGUAUUUUCUGGCAGGCGUUCAUUCCCGCUCCUUUACAAAGGAGCGAGCUGUCAUUUUGCUCCUUCAUCAUUUCAAACAAAAAGAAAUACCUUGCAACAUUUUGCCAAAUUUAUUUUAUAACAGAAACAUUAAUGUUUUGAGCUCUUUGUUUUAGAAUAUCCCGUUUUUAGAAAUGUUGGCAACCUUUUAUACGUCUUAAGAGUUUAGGUGUGGCCUACCCUCAGCAGCGAAUACUCUGCUUGUUUUUACAGUUAGUAAUGCUAUCCACACACUACUGGUCAAAAUAGGACGCCUAAGAACAUUAAAAAAAUAACUCCAAACGUUUUGAAAUAUUAUUAAAAAAAGCACAGUUGAACAAUUUGUCUCGUUUUCUUAUGUGAAUAAUUAAUCACUCUGUAACAUAAAUGGCAGAAAUAUUUUUAAAAACCAUUGUCAAUGUUGCAAUUUAAAUGUAUUUAUUUAUUUUAUUUUAUUUUAAUUUUUUAGGUAAAGGUCAAGUUCUUCACCUAUUAGUUACAAUAACGUGAGCCAUCAUUUACAUAAGCAGGACUUCUGUUUUUAUAUCGGACUCCUCUGCUAGGCACAGGUUAUAUCUGGCUCACUCGGUCCCUGAUGAGCGGAAUGUCAGCCAUGUUGAUUUAAAAGACAGUGACGUCAGCUUUUUGCUGAUUACAAACACCUGUUAGGCUAAUUGAAAUAUCUCGCAUAAGUCACUUUUUAUCGCCAGUUUCAAUAUUUUGUUGAGUAAGCUGAUCAAACAUUAUGUCGUUGACUUUCACUGUUGUUUGUGAAAUAAUUAAAAAACUUUUUUUUUGAGAGUGGGUCCAAAUAAAUUCCAAAUCAACAAGACAAUGUGUUUGUUUUUCUCUUCCAUUUUACCUU